AAAGUGUGGCGGAACAUAAGCUAAUUUGUGCAUGUCCUUUUCAACAUUUAAACAAUCUUUGUAGUAUUUAAAAUAUGUCGACAUUAUGUAUAAAUACCUUGAGCUAUAGGCAAAAGUGUUUGGAGACUAACGGUUUAGCUUCUGUCUCGGUCUAUGUCUCGCAUUGCCUUUAAACGGUAGCUGUACACCAACCAGUGUAUUUCCGUCGUUACUGACAACAGAGCAGUGCGGUCUAACGUGUCACACCCAACAUGUCCGCUGGGAAGGUCCACAUUUGCUCAGUAGGAAUGCGGUGGGCGGGGCUGCUAGGCUAGUGUCAAACUUUGGGAAUGACAGGAGUGCUGCAGGAUUCGCAAAGAAGGGGAAGUGUCGCCCUUGUUGGUGCUGUUUGGACUACUUUGACAUCUUUUUACGCACAGUCCUUGGAUUCACCACCUUUUUUACAGAUAGUACGGCCUCAACAGACUCCUCAGCCAUGUCGGAGGACCUGAGCUCCCAACCGUGGUCCAUCAACAAAGAUGAUUAUGAGCUACACGAGGUGAUUGGGAGUGGAGCCACCGCAGUGGUUCAAGCAGCCUACUGUAUACCACGCAAGGAGAAGGUGGCCAUCAAACGCAUCAACCUAGAGAAGUGCCAGACUAGUAUGGACGAACUCUUGAAAGAGAUUCAGGCCAUGAGCCAAUGCCACCACCCAAACAUCGUGUCUUACUACACCUCAUUCGUGGUGAAGGACGAGCUGUGGCUGGUCAUGAAGCUGCUCAGUGGCGGCUCAGUGCUGGACGUCAUCAAGCAUAUCAUCUCGCGAGGCGAGCACAAGACAGGCGUCCUGGAUGAAGCCAGCAUAGCCACCGUGUUGAAAGAUGUGCUUGAGGGCCUGGAGUACCUCCACAAGAACGGACAGAUCCACAGAGAUCUCAAGGCUGGAAACAUUCUUCUCGGGGAUGACGGUUCAGUGCAAAUUGCAGACUUUGGUGUCAGUGCCUUUCUAGCCACAGGUGGUGACAUGACUCGAAAUAAAGUGCGCAAGACGUUUGUGGGAACACCGUGCUGGAUGGCCCCAGAGGUCAUGGAGCAGGUGAGGGGUUAUGAUUUCAAAGCAGAUAUUUGGAGUUUUGGGAUCACAGCCAUUGAGCUCGCUACAGGGGCCGCACCUUAUCACAAGUACCCGCCAAUGAAGGUCUUGAUGCUGACGCUGCAGAAUGACCCUCCGACCCUGGAGACUGGAAUCACAGACAAGGAGAUGGUAAAGAAAUAUGGAAAAUCCUUCAGAAAGAUGAUCUCCCUGUGUCUACAGAAGGACCCGGAGAAAAGGCCAACAUCCUCGGAGUUGUUGAAGCAUAAAUUCUUUCAGAAAGCAAAGACCCAUGAAUAUUUACAUGAGAAGUUACUUCAGAGAGCGCCCACAAUAACAGAGAGGUCGAAAAGGGUACGUCGAGUGCCAGGUUCCAGUGGUCGGCUGCAUAAAACGGAGGACGGCGAAUGGGAGUGGAGUGAUGAUGAGCUGGAUGAAGAAAGUGAAGAAGGCAAAGCAGCUGUUGCUGCCUUAAGGUCACCAAGAGUGAAGGAGGGAUCACAGAAUUCAGAGGUUUUCCAGACUCCUGAGCCUUUAAGUAGUCAACUCCAGCCUCCUGUCGCAGGUCAGGCAGAACUACCUCAGGCUGCAGGCCAGGUUCCACUGCAGCCCACACCAGUCAACACUCAAUCCGCAUCCCAGGCUGCAUCUCCCACACCAGGCGUACCUGCUGCUGCUGCUGGUGCCGCUGCUGCUGUUCUCACACAGGUUCCAGCUGCCUCAGGCGAUGUUAAGGCUCCCAUUAGUUUGGUAUUAAGGUUAAGAAAUUCAAAGAAGGAGCUAAACGACAUCCGCUUUGAAUUCAUGCCAGGGAGAGACACAGCAGAUGGUGUUUCCCAGGAGCUGGUGUCAGCAGGCCUAGUGGAUGGGAGGGACUUAGUAAUAGUUGCUGCAAAUUUGCAGAAAAUAGUUGAUGAGCCUCAAGCCAAUAAAAAUGUCACUUUCAAACUGGCUUCUGGAAUUGAGGGAUCUGAAAUACCAGAUGACGUCAAAUUGAUGGGCUUUGCUCAGCUCAGCAUUAGUUAAACUGUUGUUCUACCUGGGACCGUGACUUGCCUAAAAAAUGUGAAAAUAAUAAAAAAAAAUAGUUUAAUGCAUUUUUUUUUCUUUCUAUGGCUGUAAAGAAACCACUACUGCCAAAGAAAACAGUACCGUUUGGUCAACCAUAGGAUCAUACAACGCCACCUUGAAUGAAUUAGGUGGUCGGCUGAAGUAUCAGAACGUACAAUGUAAGGAUCACUCAAAAAAAGUUUACAGUGUAUAUGUAGAAGGAUGCAAGUAUCUACAACAAACAGUUUUCAUUGAACAUCCUGGUCUCCCUCAUUCUGUUCUUUUUUUUUUCUCUCUAAUAUAUGAUGCAUUUGCACAAUCUGAACUAACGCCCUUGAAUCCUGAUAAGUAUAACAAUGCCUUAUAUUCAUCAGAACUACUGAAUGCACGUUUUGGGGAGGUCCCCAGUUACAGUAUGGAGCAUUAUGUUGUCUGAAAUGUACAAAUGUGGUUUCAGUUGCUAAUGUCAAACUUUUUACUCUACUCUGAAGGAGCUUACGAAGCCAACUAGAAUCAGAACUUGCAAGAUGCACUUCUUUACUUGAGCUAAACCGUUUUCACACAGAUAUAUGCUGAUGUGAUGUGAUACACCUCUCAGGUGGCCAAAUACAAAUUAAUUUUCCAGAAUGAUGUGAACUCUCCCAACAAUAACAACCUCUAAAGGAUAGGGCUAUUGUUAGUAUGCAUUUUUUGCUAGUUUCAACAAAUCUCUCUCUCAGCUCCAGGCCCAUUUGUUCCUGUUUUUUAACAAACAGGUGUGAAAUUUACUGGGGGACUACUUUUAGCUGCAGAUUAAUACCAAUUUGGUGAGUAUCUUCGACACUGUGACGCUAUAGUGCCAAUAUUAUUGUAAUGAAGGAACAGUCAGUACAACUGUGUAACUCACUGAUGCGGUUUUAAAAGUUUUUGGACAACAAUGAAGCCCUCUAACACAGAUGUUGACAGGAUUUGUUGAUAAUAAUAAAAAAAAAAUAUAGAAUAUUACCAGACUUAUCCUUUUUAAGUGUCGAUACCAGCAGCAACGUUAGAGAGGAAAGUCUCCUUAUGAUAGAGAUACUGUAAAUGAGAGGCUGGUUCUGAAACAUUACACAUGUAUGUAGAUUGACCAAUACUUAAAGUGAUUUAAAAUUCAACUUAUCGGCUGUGUUAUAAAAGCGACAUGAUUAAGGAAGAGGAGUGCAAGAUACUAUUGACUUUCAAAUUGUCCUAUUAAAUAUGAAAUAGUUGUAAAAAGUUUUAGAACAGCUGAAACCACGUGUGUUUUAUGAGCAGAUGUGUCUGUUAUUAGUUUGUGUCUAUUUGGAAUCAGUUUCUCAAAUUCUUAAAAAAAAAAAAAAAAAAAAAAAAGACUUAAGUGCAUAUUUGUUUUAUGUGGAUGAAACAUAAGUACUUGAUUUAACUUCUAGUAUGUAAAUAAUUACAUUUGGCUUUGAUUUGUUUUUAUACUGGGUGUUUCACUCUUGGCCUUUUUUCUGUCCUAUGACACGAUUGUGGGUUGUAGCGCUGCGUGAAGGAAGACAACACUGCAAAUUUGGCUUUGAAUUCUCUCGUUUUGCAGGACAUACUGUCACUUUACUGUAUGUCAUUUACCUUUCCUCAUAAAAAAAAAAGAAUUCAGCUUUUCACUUUUUGCCUUUGAGAAUAUGUUUUUCAUGAGGAGCCACAGCUGUCCUGAUGCACUGCUUAACGCCUGUCCACCUUAAAUUUCCUCAAAUUAGUAACAGCAAAUUUGUCUCCCGCUCUUAAUAAUAACAAGCGGAGGCUGUUUACAGAAGUUAUUUAAACCCACAUCUGAAGUUAUACAUCUGUUUUGUCACUUGCAAGAACAUUUUUUUUUAAACAGCUGAAAUGAGGAUUUUUACAUCCUUCACUGUUGGAAAGCUCAGCUGUGAUUGUAGACAUUUUGAAAAGAUUUAGAAAUGUAUCUUGGUUCAGAUGGGGAUAAAAGCCGUCAUCAGCGCAGAUGUCACAUCCUUUCAGCCACGUUCUGGAUGUUUAUGUGCAUUAUUGACAUGGUUUGAUGAUGAAUGUGCAUCUCGCAGUGGGAGGUUCAUUUAACACUCUGCUUUAAUGUGUAGAUCUGAAGCGCCAGCAGGUUUUACUGUUUAAUUUGGUGAUGUGAUAAUGUCAUAACCCUCCAGAUGCCAUAUUGAAUGAAAUGCAUUUUUGUGCUUGCAGAUAAAAUGUUAAAGAGGAAAUCUUUGUAUUUUGACUUUAAACAUGUUAAAUUUUACGCUAGCCUUAAAUUGAAAAUGACCAACUGUUUUCUUUUUCUUUUUUUUUUUCUUUUUUGACAUAAUGUCAAGGUUUAGAUUCAGAUUUUCAGUGUCUUUGAAAUGUAGUUCUUGUUACAUGUGAAGAUACUGUACCUGAAAUAAAGAUAUACAGGUGUGUCGACCCUGUGUUCUCCUCAAAGGGGGGAGCGACAAAG